AUAAAUAUAGUUAACUAUUUUUUAAAUAUUUGUUAUGAUGUGUACUAAAUAACCACUCAUUUAUUAUCGCUGCAUUCCAUGACCCGCGCCUCAUUGGAUUCCAUGAUUUGAUACAUUAUCAUCCAGAGUUAGUUAAUUUUAAUAUGUUGUAUUAUAUAUGUUUGUUGUUUUAAUAUGUUGACCUGGAAUCCUCCUGUUCUAAACUUUAUUUUCAUCAAUUUAAAAAUUUUCGUAAAUCAUAACUUAAAUUGUCUUUAAAAAUUGUUUAAAUUAAUUGAAAAAUUGCUCCUUGUUUUAUAAAUAUGGGAGAUAAAUCAUCCAGUGAAUGCAGUCUUCCGUAUGAUGUAACUGCAGUUGUUCUUUCGGGAGGAUCUUCUAACAACUUUAUUUCCUUGACUCAGAGUCUCCCAAAAAUCUUGCUUAAAGUUGGCUCUAAUACUCUACUUUACCACACUGUUCGAAAUUUGAUAAUAAAUCAGUUUAAAGAAAUCAUAAUUCUAACAAGUGAAAAUAUUUCCUCAUUGGUGGAUGAAAACUUAAGGGUUAGUUUAAACUUUUUGAGAGAUGAGUUUGGUUCUGAGAAAUUGCCCAAAGUUAGUGUUAUGGGAGUGCCUACUUCCGAUGAUUCUUCAUUUGGAUCAACUGACUCCUUAAAUUACAUUUCUGAACAUAUAAAAAACGAUUUUGUGGUUCUGCCCUGUGAUUUAUUUGGUAACUUUGAUUUUAAAUCUUUUUUGUUGGACCAUCUUAAGAGCCCAAGAUUGUGUACAGUAGCCUUACUUGAUAUAAACUCCUUGGGAUCUGCAAAGGCUAAAAAGGAGGUUUGUUUAGGUGGAAAUGACUUUGAAGAUUGGAGUUUUAAAUAUAGAGUUGUUACAGCUCUGGACAAAAGUACUUGUUCUCUUCUGUCAAUUGCCCCGCAUCUCUCAGUGGAAAGUGGUGAGAGCUUUCAGUUAUUUAGAUACCACCUGGUUAAUCACGCAAACUCUCUUAUAACUUUUGAUCUUGUUGAUAUUCACGUUUAUUCAUUUUCAAUUAAUAUAUUCAAAGUUCUAAGAUGUGAUUUUCUGCUAAAUUCCAGCAUAAGGUUGGACCUUAUUCCCUACAUUGUUAAACUUCAACAAACUCCAAUUCUUAGAGAGUAUCUAAAAAAUGAUAAUUUCGAGUCAUUACAACAUGAACUAGAAAAUUGUAGUGACAAAUCAUGGAAGUUAAGUGAUGUGGUUUUUGACGAGUUUCUUGAACGUACAAGGACUUUCUAUUUUAUAGCCUCAGGUGAAUCGUUCAACUGUUCGAGAGUUAACAGUAUAGACUCGCUAUACUCAGCAAAUAUUAAGUGUUCGCUAACUAGUAAAGAGAAAAUCGCAAAAAAAACUCCUAAAAUUAAGAAUGUUUUACUUGGCAAUUCGUCAGAGGUUUCAGAAUCAGCUGAAAUAAAGAACUCGGUAAUAGGAAAUAAUGUAAAAAUCAGUGAUAAGGUUAAGAUUGCGGACUCCGUUGUUAUGGAUAAUUGUACAAUUGAGGAUAAUAGUGUGGUAAAUAAAUCUAUACUUGGAACAUCUGUAACGUUGAAAGAAAAUUCAAAUGUUAAAAAUUCAAUAAUCAAGUCUGAGACUAUAGUUUCUGAAAAUACGAUAGCAGAUAAGGAAUAUAUACCUCCAUUUAUCGAUUCUUAAGAUAAUAUGUUCAUGUUUUU